AUGGCAGUGGUCCCGGCGAUGUGGCGCAGUGCGUCGUGUGAGGAUUUUGCGCUGAUGAACACCGCACCUCCAGACGAUGUCGAGCGCUCGCGCAUGGUUAAGGUCAUCCAGGGUACGUGGGUUAACGUGGACUGCCCGGCUGAGAGGUACACCGUUGUUGGACAACACGUUACGCGCAGCGACGUUCAAGGCUGUCGCCACUUCACCCUGUUCUGGGAUCCAAGAAGGAGCCAGCUGCAAUGGGGCACCCAGGGCAGGCUCUACCUUGCUUGCCUUGGUGAUGGUCUUGUGGCCUGGGUGCCAAGCAGGUACAGCUCCCGCGCCUGGCGAUGGCAGCGCGCAGCAAUACCGCCGCAGCUGCCGCCACUCUGGGCACCGCUGCCAUGUCAGCAAGGACUUUCACCUCAUGUGAUGCGGGUGCCGGCCGACCAUGGCUUUGGUUACGGUCCUUGGCGAAGGCCCUACGGCGCGGCUCUUCGAAGUUGGGGGCCAGGCUACGGAGGUCGUCCAACGGACUUCCCUCGCCGGAGCUGGAAUCAUGGCUAUGGCCGCAGCUUCCAUGGUAAUCGCAACAUACAAGGCAUGACCAGGGAUUCCCGCCUGGCCUGCGGGCUUUCAAGUACCGAG